CGCUGGUGGCUGCAGAGGCGAGCGGUGUCUUAAGGUGUGCGGCGCCGCGGGGACGCGGGUUGGGCAGGAGACUCCGGCCCCGCACGCACCCCGAACUGCCUAUGUCCCGAAGGUCCGAGACUGCGAUCUCCGCCCUGCGGCCCCACCUUCCAGGGCUGGGUUGCAUUUCUCUCUGGGGCUCGCGUUCUGUCUCGUCAGCGCAGUCCGGGAAGCUCUGGGAAAGCCAGUAUGGGGGAACGCGGCGGUUUCGUUUUCGGGAACAGGUUGCCUUCCCUGUGCUAAUGAUUUUCACGCGGGCAGCUCUCAUAUUGAGGCAUUCCGGGCGAGCGACCCCCAUACGGAGGAAAGAUAAGGCAGCGCCGACACGCACGGCUACUUAAAAAGUUCCUUUGUGUGCCAUCAGCCAGGAGGGAGCCACUUCGGGGCGGAAGGAAAACCUCGGCCAGCCUCGCAGUCACCCUUGGGGUCUGGCGCUCGCGCUGAUGAAGGAUGCUGCGGAGGGGGUGGGAAGGGAGCGCGAAGGGACCCGAGCCGUGCGGGUGAGGGAGAGCUUGUAUCCGGGUCCUGGGAAGAUCCUGUGGCGGCUGCGCAGGCCCCAUGCCCCUCUCCUUACCCACCCCUUGAGCCCGGGGCAGAAACGGGAUCUCUGAGGAAUCUCAUUAGCCAGGGAGGCGAGUGGAGGUAAGAUGUCGUGCAGCCUGCGCUUUGGAUAACUCCUUUUUUAUCUCUCCUCCCGACCCUGUCUCCCUCCCCAUCCGGUCUCAGGAGCUAGAAGUCAGCUAGGAGGGCGCCGGACCGUGGAUGGCCUUGACUGACGGCGGCUGGUGCCUGCCGAAGCGCUUCGGGGCCGCGCCUGCGGACGCCAGCGACUCCGGAGCCUUUCCAGCGCGGGAGCCCUCUACGCCGCCUUCCCCCAUCUCCUCCUCUUCUUCCUCCUGCUGCUCUCGCGGUGGGGAGCGCGGCCCCGGCGGCGCCAGCAACUGCAGGACACCGCAGCUCGACACGGAGGCGGCGGCGGGACCCACGGCCCGCUCGCUGCUGCUUAGCCCCUACGCCUCGCAUCCCUUCGGGGCUCCCCACGGACCUUCGGCGCCGGGGAUCUCUGGCCCCGGGGGCGCCCUGUCGAGCUGGGAGGACCUAUUGCUCUUCACUGACCUCGACCAGGCCGCGACCGCCAGCAAGUUGCUGUGGUCCAGCCGCGGCGCCAAGCUGAGCCCUUUCGCCCCCGAGCAGCCCGAGGAGAUGUACCAGACCCUCGCCGCCCUCUCCAGCCAGGGGCCCGCCGCUUACGACGGCGCGCCCGGCGGCUUCGUGCACUCGGCGGCCGCCGCGGCUGCGGCCGCGGCCGCGGCGAGCUCCCCAGUCUACGUUCCCACUACGCGCGUGGGCUCCAUGCUGCCCGGCCUGCCGUACCUCCAGGGGGCGGGCGGCGGGCCCGCCAAUCACGCGGGCGGCGCGGGCGCGCACCCCGGCUGGCCCCAGGCCUCCGCCGACAGCCCCCCGUACGGCAGCGGAGGCGGCGCGGCGGCCGGCGGGGCGGCGGGGCCCGGCAGCGCCAGCUCCGCCGCGGCGCACGUUUCGGCGCGCUUCCCCUACUCGCCCAGCCCGCCCAUGGCCAACGGCGCGGCUCGGGACCCGGGGGGCUACGCGGCGGCCGGCGGCGGGGGCGCGGGCGGCGUGAGCGGUGGAGGCGGCAGUCUGGCGGCCAUGGGCGGCCGCGAGCACCAGUAUGGCUCGCUGUCGGCCGCGCGGCCGCUGAACGGGACGUACCACCACCAUCACCACCACCACCCGAGCGCCUACUCGCCCUACGUGGGUGCACCGUUGACGCCCGCCUGGCCCGCCGGACCCUUCGAGACCCCGGUGCUUCACAGCCUGCAGAGCCGCGCCGGAGCCCCGCUCCCUGUGCCGCGGGGCCCCAGCGCAGACCUGCUGGAGGACCUGCCUGAGAGCCGCGAGUGCGUGAACUGCGGCUCCAUCCAGACGCCACUGUGGCGGCGGGACGGCACCGGCCACUACUUGUGCAACGCCUGCGGCCUCUACAGCAAGAUGAACGGCCUCAGCCGGCCCCUCAUCAAGCCGCAGAAGCGCGUGCCUUCCUCCCGCCGGCUUGGAUUGUCCUGUGCCAACUGUCACACCACAACCACCACUUUGUGGCGCAGAAACGCCGAGGGUGAACCUGUGUGCAAUGCUUGUGGACUCUACAUGAAACUCCAUGGGGUGCCUCGACCGCUUGCUAUGAAAAAAGAGGGAAUUCAAACGAGGAAACGAAAACCUAAGAACAUAAAUAAGUCAAAAGCUUGCUCUGGUAAUAGCAAUACUUCUGUUCCCAUGACUCCAACUUCCACCUCUUCUAACUCAGAUGACUGCAGCAAAAAUACUUCCCCUACGACACAACCGACAGCCUCAGGGGCAGGCGCCUCAGUGAUGUCUGGAGCAGGGGAGAGCGCUAAUCCCGAGAACAGCGAGCUCAAGUACUCAGGUCAAGAUGGGCUGUACAUCGGCGUCAGCCUGGCCUCGCCGGCCGAAGUCACGUCGUCGGUGAGACAGGAUUCCUGGUGUGCCCUGGCCCUGGCCUGAGCGGCCACGGGUAACAGGAGGAGGACACAGCCGGGGCCCGUGGGACCGCCUUCGUGAUCUUCUUGGCAAGCAGUCCGGACUGGGCUGAGGAUGCCGACUGGACAUCUUCCUCUGACACAGGAUUUCCGUGCCUUUAUUUGAAAGAGAUGUUAUCUCCCGUGAGGCUUGCUCAGCCUUUAGCACCCUGGCCCUGUCUUGAAGACCCAGGGAGAAGAUGGACCGGCUCGGGAGAAGGGCCAGAGCAGCCCACAGCCUCCCCAGCCACGGCCACUUCCGGGGUCGGCCAGGGGAUUUGAUGUCCAGUGUGCCACUUCCAGAAACCUGGACUAGGAACCGGGGCCUUGCCUGCUAAGGAAUAUUGAGAGAGAUUUUUAAACAAAAGUUUUAUGUGUAUUGCCCCAAUUCCUGUGCGUCUUCUGAUCGGUUUUGGUUAUUCCAGAAUUUCUUCAUACCUUUUCCGCCCCCAGAUUUCACAUGCGUUCGUGGAGAAGACCAUUCGUUUGGUACACGCCUCUGGAGACUGAGUCGGUUCUUGAGGUCUCCUGUCAAAAAUAUCACUCGGUUUGCAGGACUGCAUCGUAACUGUAACAUACACUGUGACUGACGUUUCUCAAAGUUCAUAUUGUGUGACUGACCUGAAGUCAGUCUGAAUUUGUAAACAGGGUAGCAAACAAAAGAUAUUUUUCUUCCAUGUAUACAAUAAUUUUUUUUAAAAGUGCAAUUUGCGUUGCAGCAAUCAGUGUUAAAUCAUUUGCAUAAGAUUUAACAACAUUUUUUAUAAUGAAUGUAAACAUUUUAACUUAAUGGUACUUAAAUAAUUUAAAAGAAAAAAUGUAAACUUAGACAUUCUUAUGCUUCUUUUACAACUACAUCCCAUUUCUAUAUUUCCAAUUGUGAAAAGAGAAAUAUUUCAAGAACAAAUCUUCUCUCAGGUAAAUUGCCUUAUCCAUUUGUUAAGAAUUUUUGUACAAGAACACCAAUAUCUCCCCUUUAUUUUACUGUGGAAUAUGUGCUGGAAAAAUGGCAACAAAACUUUACUACCUAACAGAUAACAUUUGUAAAUACUCUAGGCAUCUGUACACACUAUGAUGAGGUCUCUGUAGCGUGACUAACCCACAGGCAGGUUGGUUUACGUUAAUUUUUUAAAAAAUGGGAUGUCAUAUGGAAACCUAUUUCACCAGAGUUUUAAAAAUAAAAAGGGUAUUGUUUUGUCUUCUGUA